AUGUUAACAGACUCUAGCUUAACAAACAUACUCAUCGUGAGCGGGGUAUCCCAAAUUCGCUACCGAGUGUAUGGUCAGCACUGUAAGCGAUCCUCACUAGUAGACUUCAUCAAGUGCGAGCCCUCGGAAUCAUCUACAACUGGAAAUAUAAAGCCAACAUAUUCAGGAUUCCAUGGUGACCCUCUUGAUCCAACAGAGAACAUCCUGAUCAAGACAUUCAAAACCCUGACCCAGCUCGGCAUCUUGUGCAUGUGGCGGAUGGCAUCAGAAAAUAACGAAUGUUCUAGCUCACCGACUCAAAAUCCUGAUCAAGACAUAGUUCCACUGGAACUUUGGGUAUUUUGGUUUGAUGAGAAACACACUGGAAAGAUAGACUCUAACUAUGAAUUGAGUAUACUCGAUGAGCUUAAAGUCGGAUCGUUCACGUGGGAAAAUGUGUCCUCAAAAGGAGUUUCACCAACGGCUUCACCUCUUGCCUUACACCCUCGAGUAGGAUCUAGUUCACUUGUUGCCGUAUCUGAGGAAUAUAAACUAUUUAUGAAGUCAAUCCAGAGCGUCAUUCAAUGGUCAAUACAACAAAAGGGCGCAAUACCUCUUGGAGACUUUCUUCUGUUUCCGCUAAAUAUUCCUGAUAAUAACGAUACUGAGAUGGAAAUGAAAUUAUCACCUGAGGAAAGCACUGAUGAAAUGGUCGACUCCGUUCUAAGCUGCACAUACAACGUAUACCUCGCCAGCACAAAUUUAAUAAUUCAACCGAGUCCACGCCGGAUGCGGAUCAGACCUCUACACAUAAGUGAUUUAAAGAAUGAAAAUCUCAAGGUCCGGAUAGGUCCUUCAGGGGAGUAUGCUAAAAUUGCACCCCAGCAAGAUAUAUCCCAACAGUUGGAAACAAAUGUCCUAUUGCAAUGGUCGUUAUUAUUCUCUAUACCUGUCCGCUACAUCUCUAGACCAAUUCGCAAAAAUAACUCACAAGUUAUUCCCCAAUUAACCACCAUCCUUACUCUACGAAAUGAAUUGGUGCUUUAUCCAACAGCACUUAUAUUUGUACCUGUAUCAGCUCAACAACAUUCGACACCAGCAGCUGGAAUGAAUAGCACGUUACGUUACAAUCAAGGUUAUACCGAAGAUCUGGGUGAGAAAUGGAGUCGGCAGACAUGGAAUGAGAAUAUAAUAAACACUACAAAGUUGCACAAUCAAAACAUGUCCAUGGUAUCUGAUGAAUACGGACAAAGAAUCGACGGUUUGAGAAGACAUAUAAAUUAUUGGAGUUACAUGGGCCCCAAAGAAAUUGUCAUGUCAAACAUAUUUGAAGUCUUGUCGACAUCUGAUGGCUGUAGUUCUCAAGAACUAUUGAAGAAAGCGCUCGCAGAACCAGUCUUAUCGAGCCCACUCAUGGUAGCAAAGUCACUUGCGACACCUACAAGUCUUGGACCAAAAGCCGAAUCCGUAUCAAACGACAUGGCAGAAGAUAUGGAAGACACUGACAGCAGAAUCUCAGAAAGCUUUGAGAACUACACCGGAAUUUCAUUAAAAGAAUUCGCAACAACUUUUUUUCUUGAAAAUGCAAAUCAAAUGUUAGCCCCCAACCUCUUGAUUUCAGCGGAUCACAAGAGCACAACACCCAAUUCAGAAGACAACACGCGUGGAGAAUAUAUCCAAGGAUUAGAAAUAUCACAGAACAUUGAUAUAAACGGAUUUAAUAUAUCUGAAUCUGCGGGCAGAAAUAUGCCAACUCAACCCCUUUUGCAAACCAACGAAAUUAUUGCAAGCAAUGAAGCCGGUGUCCUACAGAAUCUGCUUUCAGGACCUAUUCAGAACGAAAUGAUUAGCAGCAACUCGGAUUAUCUAGCCCCAGAAAUGACAGGGAGCAAUGGUGAUAUUGAUUCUGGAUUCGACAUCGGGGGUAUGGCCGGAAUGGCCGGUAUUGAUAGCAUGGACACAAUGAUGUAUGGAAUGCCUGAUCGCUGGGGCGGGGACGACAAUCUGGAUGAUUACGACAAUUUCGAUUUUUCUGUGACAGAAGAAGAUUUCAAAUUUUUCGAAUCUGGCCCAAACAAUAGACAUGAUGAGUACAUAUCCACUGCUCAUGGUGGACUGACCACUGGAAUCCAAGAAGCACAGUCUUUGGAUGUAACAGACCCAACUCUUUUACUGAUAGACACAUUUACAGAAAAAGGAUUGGGGGAAAAUGAAAUGAAAGAAAAAGAGCUCGAUUUCUCUGAGCUUUUUGCAGCAUCAAGAAGUAUGAUGGAAGAUACUAUGAUGAUAGACCAGUCAACUCGUAUUUUUGACGAAUCGAAACCAAUAAUUGACAGCUCAAUUUUAAUGGAAAACACAGCAGGAGGUCAUCUCGCUUUAGACUCUGAAGACACACUCAUGACUGAUGUAGACACAAUGGAUAAUCAUCACUCGUCGUUUUCUAACCACCAAUUUUCCUCUACAAUAACUCCCAAGACAGGACAGCAUGGACUCGAUGUUGUUUCUAACCAGUAUUUUGUACAGUCCGAACUUUCCCCUGUGAUUUUUUCCGAGAGAGUCAAUGACGCAAAGUAUUACAAUGGUGGAAAGUUUAUGUACGUACCUCCUUCAGAAAAGAACAAGACCGCCAAUCGGAAAACAAAACAAGACAUAUAUCGUCCUGACUACAUCCCAGUCAUAAAAAAGAGAGUACAGAAGUGGUUAGAUGACAGACAUCCAAAACAUCAACACAAAGCGUAUGACAAUUCUGUAAAGACUGUGUCUAGUCCAAUCAAAAAACCAAAAACAGAAUUUGAGGAUGUAAUUAGCAGUAGCAGUAGCAGUUGCUAUACCAGUAGUAGUAGCUCAUAUGAAAGCGAAAGCGAGAGUGAUAGUGAAACCGAAGUCAAGCCUAUUGAAAAAUCAGGCACCAAAGAUAUCAUUGCUACACCCAAAGCAAACAAUGCAAUCACUGUACAGAAGCAUAUGGGCUUACUUAAAUGUGAACAAGAUAUAUUCGUGAGCCGUAUAUUGAUUAAGCCAGGUGAAACCCAAAAAUAUCCACUAUUUGAAAAAGAUCUGGGGUCAGAAUACACACACCCUUUUGCAGAAGCAGUUGUACCAGGACCUGUGAAUUCUGUGCAUCUACCAAAUGAAGCCUUGUGUGAAGAGGAUUACAGAGCACUAGAUUCUCUUUUUCAACAAGUGGUUAUGGGAGGCUAUCCUUUUUCAGGUAGUCUAGCAGCAGUAUCAGCCAAUGCAGGUGAAAUAUCAGAAGGAGAGUCUGCCACGAUGAUUGUAGCUAGACGCAGAGAUUUGAUACAGUCUCUUCAUGGAGACAUAUCGCAUAUUCCUUCCCUUGCUAGCGACUACACUAGAAUCACACAAUCUUUCAAGAUAAUACUCACAGAUAUAUUUGACCAAAGAAAGUUUAAUCAAACCAGCUUAUAUCCUUCUGGAAUGGAUCACCCGGCUUUACCAAGUUUUGUAUCCGUUAAAGGUCCUCUAAAUGUCCAGCAGUAUUAUGACUUGUCAGAAACAAACCAAGCACACUCAAAAUAUGGAAAAUAUCAAAUUAAGAAGAGAAGGCCAGCUGAGCCUAACCUUGAUACCCUGAUACCACCCAAUAUUGUUGUUAGUCGCCAAGAGAACCUUCUUGAAGGUUCACCAAAGUUAUUGACAUUUUGGGAGAAACUGAGAUUAGCACCAUACUCUCCUCCAAAAAAUAUCAAUUAUUUUGUGGUAUUCCCCAAGAACGAAGAUCUGGAAUCAAAUGUUUCCCAUUUUUUUAGAGGAUUAAGUACAGUAUAUGAUACUUGCCUGCUCGGAUCCCACUAUCCAGCAAAAAUUGGAAAUUACCGCCGUGGCCUUGUUCCUGUACCAAUAUUACCCAGAUUACAAGAAGAGACAUGGGAUGAUCAACAGCUAAGAAGCUAUACAGCAGAAUGCCGAAAUUUAGGAGCUGCGCUCAGAACUGCAAAUGCAGAAAACAUGCACAUUGUGAUAUAUAUAGUGAAUCCAUCUUCACACUUGUCGGCAAAUCUUGAACUUAGUCGCUGUUUUCGUAAACUAGUAGUUGAAUAUCAGAAAACUUUCCAAGAUUCUCUUUCAAAACCAACAGACAAAAACCGUGCAAGGCUUGUGAUGCAGCUGAUACCCAUUGAACACAUCUUACGGUCAACAUCAUUUGGUGGUUAUCUCAAAUUCGGAUUCAAGGAAGUGGCUUUCUCUGUAUAUACUAAAUGCCAUACUGUCGUGGGCAGGAACCAUGGUCAGGUUGGUAAUAACGAAAUUCAAUCUGCUACAGAGCUUUAUACACCACCAUUUGUGCUUGCCAAACCGAUACCAGAAACCAUAAACUUUUCUGUCAAAGAAGGCCCUCACUCGUUUCCGAUCAUCUUAGAAGACAAUGCUUCGUUGCAUCUUGGUUAUUGCUUUAGUAUUGAUCACCGAUGGAUGAUACUUGUCUGGACAGAUCACCGGGGAGAGUUAAUUGAGUUCUCUGUUCUUGACUGCAUCAAAAACUCGAAUGGUAGUCUAUCUGCUGUGUUUGAGGAGGCAUGGUGGAGAACAAAGGAAAUAUCAAGAAGGACAGGAUUUCCAUGGACAUAUGUGAUAGCCAAGAUUGGUCUCAUGUUUGAGGAUGAGCUAAAAGCAUGGAUGGAUAUUAUUCCAAAUGAUGAAAAGGCAGUGAUUGUCUGUGUUGAUAUGGAAUCUACAUUGUACCUUCAUCUAACAGCGGAUGCUACCUCAAUCCCCUACGAACAAUCACAUACACCAAACUCUGGAGGCGUCCUAUCCUCAGAUAUCUUAAAUAAUUCACCGAGUAUGAAUGCUAAUGCAACACAUAGUACUCGCCCAACUGAUUCAACUGAUGGUGAAGUUGAGGAUACCCAUGCAUUGUUGCUCAACCAUCGGGUUGCAUAUUCUAGAAAGCGAGAGAAAAUUUCAGAAGGCAUAUUAUGUAUGGAUCCAAAUUCUGAGGUUGAAGAUUGGAUGUUACCAUUAGCGAGUGGAUAUAUGGUUCACAAAGCACCCGAAAAUGAUAGUCCAUGCAAAGAACAAUUCAAUCAUCGCCCUCUUGUAGUUGAGGUCCACCUUGUUUACAAUCAAACAGCAUAUUCUGCAUACAGCACACUAAGGGACAUAAUCAAACGUUACCACGCCCUUUCAUUUGUCAACUCUAUGCCAUCUAGCGUGAACCGUCUUCCCAUUCACCUUGUUUUAGUCGAGAGACUAUGUCGUAUAUUACUCGUUGUAGAUCCAUCGUUUUAAUUCAUUUCCAACCCUUAAAUAACCUUUAUUCUUUUCAUAUCCCAAUUUCCUUCGAAUACUCUUUUUCACCUUAGUUCCUGUCAUUCUUUUAAAACAAAAUCCAUAAUAUUGAUUCAAAAACUGGGGGGUUUUUUUUAAAAAAAAAUCUUUCCUUAGAUAGUCUUCUUUUCACACAAAAACCUAAUGAUGAUAUUCUUUCGUAACCGUU